AUGCCCGGCCUCGCGCGGAAGGUCCUGGUCUGCGCCACAGUUGACGGCCUCAUUCUGCAUCCUCUUUCGUCCAAAAAAGACCAGCGAAUGGCUCUGUCUGUCAAUAUUCGAUACGGCGAUGCUGCGCUCUCUACGACCUCUCGAGAUCUCGCAGCCGAGGCUACCAAGCCAACCCCGAGCUUUGAAGCUUUUGGCAUUGUAGAUGAAGAAGGCAGCGGGAACGACAGUGACAACAACAGCCACCAUGGCGACGACGAAGACAUCGAAGGUGCAGUUUGGGUUCAGGAGAUGAACGAUAGCCAUGGUUUCGAGGGCGAAGCCGGAAAAGCAAACAUAAACACAGCGCCGACGCUACCGGUCAAAGGCCACAAGCCCAGCAACAGCAUUGCGGAGGAUGUCAUUUCCCGGAGAGGAAGUUAUGGCCGGUUUGCGCAAAGAUGGUUCAGCCGGAGCGGAUGGCUACAGGAGCAGAAACGGCUGAUGGGUUUGACAGCGAGCAACAAACCUGUCGAUGAAGAGGCAGUGGCUGAGCGCACUGCUACGACCGACACACCGGGCGACAAAGCUCUAGAUGCGGCGACAUCUUCCGACUCGUCACCACCCAGCAACGCUCCGGCUGAACCAUCGGAUGGAGACCCGGCUAGCCUCUCGCGCACUGCAGAUGAAACAGUGACGGAAACGGCAACCUCAACCCCACCGUUACAGCCGGGAGACCACAACAAUGCAGAGGAUAGCGCAGUCACCAGUCUUUUGCCGAAGUUACUGCGGACAACGCAGAUGCUCUUUGGGGCGUCGAGAUCGUUUUAUUUUUCCUACGACUACGACAUCACGCGCAGCGUCGCCAAGCAGCCGAAAACGCGGUGGAACGACCUUCCUCUGCACAAGCUGGUGGACACGAUGUAUUUUUGGAACCGACAUGCCAUCCAGCCCUUUAUCGAUGCCGGUGCGGAUGCUCUUUCCCUACCACUCAUGCAGGGUUUUGUUGGCCAGCGCUCGUUUGUCGUUGACAGCAAUCCGCCACAGGUGGAUGAGAUCGCCAAGGAUUCCGUCGAGCUGAGCAAUUUUGCGUACCGGGCUAGCACGGGACCUUCGUCGCCUCUGCAAGCCACGAGUUCACGUUCGUCUGCCGAGGUUGAACGCCGCGCUUCGGAGAAGGAAUUUGAUGUGACACUGAUCUCACGCAGGUCAGUGAGACGAGCAGGUCUUCGAUACUUGCGCCGUGGUGUGGAUGAGGACGGAAACGUCGCCAAUGCUGUUGAAACAGAGCAGAUUCUAUCCCCCUCUGUCGUGAACCAAAUGGUCGAGUCGCAGCUACUUCCGGCACCACCUUUGAGCAAAACGUACUCUUUUGUUCAAGUCCGAGGCAGCAUCCCUCUGUUUUGGACACAAUCACCCUUCUUUUUGAAGCCUGUUCCCGUCAUCCAGCACUCCCUCGAACUCAACUACGGUGCACUGAAAAAUCAUUUUGACGGCCUCCGGAGAGAAUACGGUAGCCUGCAAGUUGUCAACCUGGUUGAGAAGCACGGCGUCGAGUCUGCCCUGGGUACGCAGUUUGAGAGGAGCGUGCAGAGGUACAAUGACGAUACAAACAGCGCACCUGGAGAGUCGACGUUACCAUUUGAAUGGUUUGACUUCCACAGUGCGUGCAAGGGCAUGAAGUUUGAGAAUGUGUCUUUGCUCCUGGGCCGCUUGAGCAACAAAAUCGAGGAAAUGGGGAGCGCGGUGGAGGAGACCGGAGCAGACAACACCGAGGCCGACGGCACUAGCAGCCCAGCAGGUACCUUGGCGAGUAGCACCGGAAGCUACGGCCCCGGGAAUCUCGUGCAGAGACAAAAGGGCGUGCUUCGCACCAACUGUAUGGACUGCCUCGACCGGACGAAUGUCUGCCAAAGCUCAUUUGCCAAGUUCAUGCUAGACGCGCAGCUGAAAGAGCAAGGGUUCGAUAUGGCGGCGCAGCGUGACCAAGAGAACUCGUGGUUCAACACUUUGUGGGCAGACAACGGGGACGCGAUAUCUAAACAGUAUGCCUCAACUGCGGCAAUGAAAGGCGACUACACGCGGACGAGAAAGCGAGAUUACCGCGGUGCCCUUACAGAUGCUGACAAGAUCUUCGACGAGUUUGAAGCCAACAUGCGGACAAAGGAUCCGGCCAUGUCGAUGCAAAAGAUGCGCGAACAGGCCGUCGAUCUGUGCCAGCGGCGAGUCGUUGCCGAUGAGUCCGAGGAGUUUAUCGGAGGGUGGACGCUGAUUGCACCGUACGACGCCGACAUCAGUCUGACGACGCCACCUUUUGAAGAAGUUGUGCUGCUCGUGACAGACGCGGCCUUGUAUUUGUGCCGCUUCGACUGGAACCUCGACAAGUUGUCGUCGUUUGAACGAGUCGAGCUCAGCCAUAUCGACAAGAUCACCAUCGGCACUUAUAUCGUGUCGACGGUAUCGCCCAUGCAAAUGGACGAAGAGCGCAACGUCGGGUUUAUGGUGUGGUACAGGCCCGGAAGAGACGAUAUAAGGAGGAUCAACACGCGAUCGUUGUCGAGCAUGCACGUCGGGGACGGCACUGCAGGCAACACAGCGGAACAAUCAACUUCGGCUGCCGAGGCGCUGUCGACGAGCAUCGCCAUGCUUUUGAAUAUUCGCCCCUCGUCACCCCCUGUGAAACGCCUAGCCUUCAAGGCUCUCUAUUCUGAAUCGUCCCUGGCACCAUCAGCGACGGCAUCGGCCGGCGAGACAAUGGUCAAGAGAACAGAGAAAGAUCAGAUCGUCUCAAUUGCGACUGAAAUUGAGCGGCUUGUGCAACUGAGCCGGCCUGUUCCGGUGGGCGUGGAGCGCAAGUCGAUUAUCGCCAAGGGCGACAUUGUAUCUCUUGCCGAGGCACGGAAGAGCACAGGAUUGCUGGGGCACCUAGGCCACUCGUUGAAGAAGCUAGUGUGGGCAUAA